GGUGUUUCAUUGGCUGUCAAAAUCCAUAGAGCGUCCAGAGGCUGUGAAGGGUGCCACCUUCCACAAUGAUCCGUCAUUGCCUUCUUAAUCGGUACUGGUUUAUUAUUGUCACACAUAAUGAGACCGCGAGAAACUUAGUUUUGCAAGCCAUCCAUGCAGGUCAUUUCAAAACAUAAGUACUUUUGAAGUAGUACAGGGGAAAAGCAAUAACAAAGUGCAGAAAAGUGCAGAUGCAAAGGGUUUGGGUUAAAAGGAAUUGUCAGCAUGGACCAGCUGGGCUGGAGGAACCGUUUCUGUUCUGAUCCGCAGGUGGACAAUAAGGCGCUUAAGUGCUGACCUUAGAGGUCCUGGGGAGAAGUUGUUGGUUGUGAUUUCCAUUGGGGUGGAUUCAGUUUUCCUAUUGAUAAUGGCUAUUGUGUUGAGUGCAGAGUUCAUAAACAUUUGCAACAGAUUCUGUUUCUGUUCUAUGACUCCAAUAUAGUGUCACAGUUAGAAAGUGCAGUGCAGGUGGACAAUAAGGCGCUUAAGUGCUGACCUUGGAGGCAAGAUAAGAUCGACUGCAAAGCUGUGCAAGGUCCUAUAAAAGCAAGGGGGUGUUGCAUUACCGAGGACGGUGCACCCCACCGUCUCUGGUCCAACCCAAGGCUGAGGGAGAGCGGACUGCGCAUGCGCGCUGCUCCGUCCAGUUUGUUUACACGGCAGGCGUGCCGCUGUGGUCACGUGAACUGUCGGUGACGUCAGCGCGGUUGUCGGGGAGCUGCCGAUGCGGCCUCUCAGGUGAAGGCGAGUCUUACAGUAUUUGAUUUCAUCUACGAUGGAGCUGGCAACCAAUUUUUUUCGUGUGGAGUUCCCAAAUUUCACAAGUACUUUACUGCAAAGGUUAAACCAACAGCGUCAAGAGGGACAGCUAUGUGACAUCACUAUUCAAGUUCAGGGCCAUUUAUUCAGGGCCCAUAGGGCUGUAUUGGCAGCUAGUUCACCUUAUUUUUGUGAUCAGGUACUACUGAAGAAUAGCAAUCGGAUUCUUCUGCCAGACGUGAUGAACCCAAAGGCAUUUGAAAAUGUUUUGUUAUCUUGCUACACGGGAAAACUUGUAUUGCCAGCCACUGACAUUGUCAGCUACUUAACAGUUGCGAGCUUUCUUCAAAUGUGGCACGUGGUGGAUAAGUGUACAGAACUUUUAAAGAUAUGUCCAACUGUUCCUUACCAGAAGGCAAAUCAUUCAAUUGACCACCAGUCACCCAGCAGCAGCAAUUUUAAUGGUUUAGGGGAGCAUUCAGAACUUGGAGCUCUGGGACAACCUGAGCUCAAUAAAGGUAUGACUGAAGAUUCAAAGGCUGAUGAAAAUGGCGAAGAGAGCCCCAAAGAGGAUAACAUGUCACCGCCCCAAUCAGUAGAUCAUGACAACCUUCCCAGCAAUUCGUCCGGAGAGCAGGAUCAUUUAAGUGCAGAAAUGAAUAGCCAGGAUGGUGAGGAAGGAGCAAGUGACAGUGCAGAGUACACAUUUGCCAGGCCACUCUAUAGUCAACCUAGUAUAAUGCCUCACAAACGGUGGGUGUAUGUGAAACAGGAAAAGUUUGAGCAAGAUUAUGGUGAUGGAAUAACUCUCCCUGCUGUUGAAGAUCAUCAAGUCUCUGAGUCAGAAAAUAUUACUCAGGCUGAACCAGUAAUACAAUCUUCAAGUAUUGACGAUAGCUUUAAUGUUGUCGCUGCCAAAAAUCAAGAGGUGUUUGAGGAAGGACCCGAGAAUCGUUCUUAUGAUGAGCAGGUUGAUUACUAUGGGUCAUCACUGGAUGAAUUUUCAGCUGAUCGGGGAGAUGUAAAUGUCAGUGCACACCGUCAGGAUCCAUUAAUGGCAGCUGAAAUGCAGGUGAAUCGACUGCCAGGUUAUGGUGUUGAAGGUGAACUAGGGGCACCAGUCAAUGAAAAGACUUCUCACUCUGGCUUCACCGCUGUUGUUUACAAACUUUACCCUUGUCAGUGUGGCAAAAACUUCACACACAAGAGUCAGCGAGAUCGACAUAUGAGCAUGCAUCUUGGCCUUCGACCUUAUGGCUGUGGUGUUUGUGGUAAGAAAUUUAAAAUGAAACAUCAUCUUGUUGGCCAUAUGAAGAUCCAUACUGGCAUUAAACCAUAUGAAUGCCACAUCUGCGGUAAGAAGUUCAUGUGGCGAGACAGUUUUCAUCGGCAUGUGACAUCGUGCACAAAACUGUAUCAGGUCCCUGACGUCCGCUGACAGAACUUAUGGGCCAAAUGGCCCAUUGAAAUCAUAUAUGGUACUUGAUGUAGUGGAGAUGUUUUAAGUGCUUUCGACUCAUUCAGUGGUGGCCUCAGUCACAAUAGAAAAUCAGUGGUCUCAAUACUGACAGCCUGGGGAUUUUGAGAAAUAUGUUGGUGCCAUGAUGACAUUUAUUUAACCAAAACCAUUUUCCUAUAGUUUUACACUUUAAAUCUUCAAUUAUGUGACUGAUAGUCAUCUGAAAUGAAAAGAUGAGCCUUGCAUACAUGUUAAAGGAAGUGGAAAGAAGUGAAAGCAAAUCUAAGAAUAAAUGUAGAACUGUAUUUUGCUAAUGUGUUAUUAGCCCCAUUUGCACACAUAUAUUUUAUGUUGAGUCUGUACUGGGAGUGUUGUGUGUAGAAAUGCUGUAAACUCAAAUGAACAUCUUGCCUCUGAGUCUGAAGCUUUUUGGGUUCAAGUCCCUCACAAGAGACUUGAGGAUAGGCUGACACGUCAGUGCAUCACUGAGGAAAUACGUUGUUGGAGUGUCAUCUUUCAGAUGAGACAUUAAACCAAGGCUCCAACUGUCCUUCAGGUAUAUGUUAAAGAUCCCGUGGCACUACUUCAAAGAAGAACAGGGAGGUAGCCUGAUAUCCUGGAUAACUUUUAUUCUCAAUCAACAUCACUUGCAGAAAAUAAACAUUAUCUGGUCUUUAUUUCAAUGCUUGCUGUGCUUAUCCUACAUUACAACAGUGUUUAUACUUCAUUUUAAAAAAAAGUACUACUUUAGCUGUAAAGCACUUCAGAAUGUCCUGAGGUCAUUAAACAGACUAUCAAUCCAAGACUCCUACUUUCCCUUCAUUCUUUCCUUUUUUUCUGUCUUUCACAAAGGCAGUUCUAUGUAAUGAGGAGGAUUAAGAUAGGAGUUUAAAUUUAUAUUUUUAAUUACUUGCACAAAACCAGAAGUUGGAACAGUCUACAAUCAUUUUAAAUUCCAAGGCUGAAAGUGCCAUGUUAAUGGAAAUUCCUAAAUUUUGUACUCUGGAGCCUGAUCCUCAAGAUUAUAUUUGGACCUUGAGGAUUAGCAACUGAGUCCGGUGUUCAAACGGUGCCCAAUGCUGAUUGUGAACAAUGGGCGACAGAUCAUUUUACAAAAGAUAUUCAGAUUAAAAUACUCCUUCAAACUUCUGAAGUCAUUCAACCAAACCUUUGACAUGUUGGCUGAUGAAUAACUUAAGAAAUCUUUCUGUAACUUUGGAAUAUUUGGUAUGUUGGUAGCUUUGCAAUGCAUACUAAAAAAAAAUUGUCCCUGUUGAUAGUGGCUUUAAAUAACUAAGUGUGAAGCAGGCUGAGAAUAACAAAGAUAGUAGACUGAUGCUCAUUUCCCAAAAUGGUAUUACUUACAUACUCUUUGUAUGCAUAUAUUUGAAGUAUUGUGUCGUAGACACUCUAAAUGUUGAAUACUUGUGACAGCUGAUGAGUAAAUUACCAGUCAGUUUUAUUGAAGUAUGUUUCUGUUUGAUAAGGACUUAUUCACAGCAGAUCUACGCCUAUGAAACCACAAUGAAAUUAUAGAAGAAUAUCUUUUAAGGUGGAAAGAGAGGAGGGGAAAUUAAUAAGAUUGAAGCAGCUUCAAAGCUGAAAAUGCAGCAUUUGAUAGAACAACUUAUUGGCUUCAUCAACAAAUAGUUGAUUUGAAAAUGAUAUACUGUUAAUUGCUUUCUUGAAAAUGUUCAGUCAUCUCCCACUGAAAGCAAAUGAUUGAAUAUUACAUUUUUAUUUCAUUUUUGCAUUGUUCAGAAAUAGGACUAAAACGACCUGCAAAUUAAACAUUUUAGGCUGCAACUCCUUUAAAAACAAUUACAAACAGUUGACUUGAUGGGUUUACAGAACUAAUCGAAACACAGCUCAACUCUAGAGUGAUUUGUUAAAUGCAACUUGUAGGACCUGUAGAUUACUAUAAAGCACUCCAUUUAACAUGAGUUCCAAAAAGUUCUUGUUUGCAAAUGAUAUCUGUGUAAAAAAAAAACAACUUGCUACUUGUGCAUUGAAUUUGAGGGUGAAAUCUCUGAGAUCAGUUUACCUGAAAAUGACACCUCUGUCUAUAGGAAUUUGAUAAUGUGAUAAUGGAGCUUAGAAAGUCGCAUGUACUUCAAGAAGCUGUUGAAGAUGCACCGACCAGCCUCUUAUUGGUAGGAUAUGGAGGGAUCAGCACAGGGGUGUUUUUAGCAUGGCUAGCAGGACCAUACAAGUGCAAAUUAAAGGUCUCUAAUGCAGUAUAAGCUCUCUGGACUUGGGUAAACGGUAUAUCGCUGAAAAGGGAAACGGCUUCCACACAGGUUAUUGAACCCUGCCCAUGCCAAGUUCAAAGCUGAUUUUGUUUUUUUUUAGAAAGAAUGAUCCUUGGAAAAUUUCUUUCAACAUCCUAAGCAUUUUAAUAUAAUUGAAGAGUACUUAGACUUCAGAUCCACUACUUGGACAUAAAGCUGCCAUUCUGGAAUAGGUGCCCAUCAUAUAGAGCAUUCAGUCGCCAUAUCCAUUGAUUUCAAUGAAAAUAAACAUGGGCUAAUUUCUCUGAAGGCUGAAUUGCAAUGCCGGUUGGAUGCCCGCAUAGCACAUUUCAAAUUGGGGCUUUUGGUGAACAGACAAGGGAAAAUAACUUGUGGUGCUACAGGGAAACCACAGAGGAAUGGGACUGACUGGAGUGCUCUCCAAAGAUAUCACAGCCUCAGUAUGCUACCUGGCCUCCACAUGUCCUGCAAUGAAUCUGAGUCAAAUUGAAAGUCUACUCUGUAGUACUCAAUUUAAAAGCUAUAUUCACCUUCAGAGUAUUAGUACCUUUUCAGUGCUCUGAUUUCUGUCAAUUAAAUGCAUAGGCACUAGUCAAGGGAUUACUGAACAACCUGAGCCUGUCAUUCUAACAAUUCCCAGUACCAUCGGCAUUAUCAAAAUGAGAGCACGUUAUUAAAAUUUGUGGUGUGCUCUUUUUGGUUGGUGGGAGCUGGAGGAAGGGAGUGGUGAUCUGUUUAUGCCUUAAACUCUAGAAUAAAGCAUUGUACACCGUAAUUAGCCACAGGCCUGCCACCUUUACUUACAAUGGAGCACAGCAGAAUUAAGUAAGAAUCAAACAGAACUGUGUAAUGUAAGAAGGAAACCCAGAGGGAAAAAAAAUGCCAAGAAAGACAAUAGGCACUAGUUAAAGGAACAAUCACACAGCUAAUUACAGAGCAAAAAUUCAUUGCUUAUUGUAAAAUACAGUUAAUUUGUAUGUCUUAAUCCAUUUGUGAAUAGUAAAUUAUUCUCAUAGUGUUUGAAAAGGUGUGUUUCAAAAAUACACAGUCCUUAAAAUAUAUUGAUUAUGUAGAGUUAAAUGAUAUUUAAAAUAAUGAGACUGAAUCCCUUCACCUAAACUAUGCGUUUCCAGUAGACCAAUUAAAAGCUAUUUUCACACUUGCUCACCGUUCACUAUAAGUUUCCAGUGGAUUUAGUGGAAUAUAUAGACGUGACAUUACGGGCAUUUUGUGUUUUUACUUGGGACCCCAGUAUAUUUCUAUUUUAGAAUAUGCUCUCUGCAGAGCACCAACAGAUUUAGUCAUAAGAGUGACAGCACAGAAACAGAACCUUCAGCCCUCCAUGCCCCUGCUGAUCCAGAGAUACCUAUGUAAGCUACUUCCAUUUACCAGUACUUGUUCCAUACCCUUCUCUGACUUGGUGAUUCAAGUGCUCAAGGAGGAACAGGGGAGUAAAAUUGGAAAAGUUACAUCAUCUGUAUUGCCCCCAGAUAAUCUUCUUGAACUAUUGACAUUGUUUCUGUUUGCAUGUAUUAUGUGCAACUGCACUGUCUGUUUUGAAAUUAAAAUCUUGCUCUUUGUUAUGGUACACAGCAAGUGCCUGUAAAAAGCUAAUGAGAAAGUCCUCAUCAGAUUUAUACCUUCCGCUAGAUUUUGAAGGUUUUUGACUGGAGUGAGUUCCCUUUUCUAGAAGCACCCACAUUUUCCCUAUUCACGAAACAUGGUUCAUUUCUUUCACUGAUCACAGGACACUACAGUUCUGUACUGGCAUUGGAAUUAUGCCAAGUGCACAAUGGGCAUAUUAAGUGAGCAAAAUUUUUGAGUAUAGAAUGAACUAGUAGUGGAAGAAACUACUUUGGAAGUUGUAUAAGUGGCAUGGAAGUGUAAUUCAAAUGAAACUUUGACAAACUUUAAGCUCAUUUUAAAUCCAUAGCCGGUCCCAUUUCCCAUUAUUAUCCAUUUCAUCUUCCUUUCAAAUAAAUAAUAUAAAUUUAAACAUUUUAAAAGUGGUAAGUGUGCACUGAUUAUUUUAUAAUUCAAUUACAACAUUUAUCAUAUUUUCAAAUCCAAUAGUUUAUAUAUCAUAGAUUAAUAUAAAUUGACGUUAGACUUUAUAUAUAAUAUAUAUAAAUCAGUGCAUUGUCUUUAGGGUCAAAGCUAACGGGACACUGACAGAUGAAUUUAUUUAUACUGGAGAGAUGUAUAAAGUAAGCUUGGAAAAUUUUAAUCGGUAGAUUACAGUAGUCGUUGCAAUAAUUAACAUACCCAUCUUGGAUAGAUAUUCAUGUACUACUUAUGUUUCAGAAAUGUGACCUUUUCUGUGAUCAAUAUUCAAUAUAACUCAAUACAGUGAGUUUCCAGCAGAUAUCAUAUUCAAGGCUACUUUAUACAAUUGUGUGUUUAAAAUUGUAAUGCUACCAAAUAUCAGAUGUAAAAGGCUGAAGUGUUAAGUUUUGUGAAAUGGCUUUUGCUGUAGGCUUUUCAAUGCCGAGUGGAAUUCCAGUGAAUUCAAUGAGUUUCUCUCUAUUGCACAGAACUAGUUUAUUAUGUUUCCUAUUGUGUUAAAAUAUUGAUAUUUAUGUAUCGUUACAGCUUAACUUUAAUUGUUGUUCAGUUCAGAGAUCCACAAACAGUAACGUGCACAUUUCUGAUGUUGGAUUUUGGUCAUGUAUGAGGAUGCCUGAUUAAGAAAUAAGCUCAGAACCUACUGCUAUCUGUUUGUUGCCUGGGCUGCUGUGUUAUGUGUGAAGCUAUAUCACAAACAGUAAAAAUUGAUUAUAAGAUGGAAAAUUAGACUUGUUCACUUUUGCACCUUUUCGAUCUAGUUAAUUCUUUAGCUGUUACAAAAUAUAAAUGCAUAUAAACUCAACUUGAAUUAAUAACAUUCUGGGUUGGCUUUUGAGGUCAAGUAAUGAGGAUUGUUUGUAUAUUUAAUCAAUAGGACCAACAAGAGAGAAGUUUGUUUUUGCUUUCUGCAAUGUCAAAUUAGUAAUGUUGGUAUAAUAGGCCUUCAUGUUUUUUUCCCCCUUGCUCAUUUUCUUAAAACUGUACAUCAAUAAUGAUGCUACUGAAGAUUUCAUAAGUAUAUAAAAGGAUCAAGGUAGUAUUUUGAGCCUUUACUUCAGCUUUAAACUAUCCAUUAAGUCAGGUACCACAACAUUUUCAGCUAAUGGACUUUCUUUAGGAAACACAACUUCCAAACAUGUUUGACAGUUUCCAGUUAUAUAAUUCUAAGCUAAUUAUGAAAAAUGUAAAUAAGAUGUAUUUAGGAAGUUUUGACAUAGGGAUGUCUUGUUAUUUGAGUUUUUUUGUAACUAACGGAACAGAUUGCAUUUUUUUAAAUGUUGCAGUUUUCCGCUUCCAGUGUGUAUCAGAAAACUUUCAAAAAGACAUAUCAAAUUGAUACUAUGUUCUUAUCAUUUCAAAAAUCAAGUGGGUCCACCUGAUUUUCUAUGUUACUUUAACCUAUGUGAGUUAGGUUGUUGAAUUUAAAUAAUUACCAUCUUUCUGAACAAUUGUUAUCAAAGUUGUUUACUAACUGUUAAAUCACAAGUGUUCAUGUUCUGUCCAAUGUUAUUUAAAAAGUGCUUUCAACACGAAUUUACACUGAAACUAACCAGUUAUGUCAGAAUUUAUGUGAUUUUUUUUUUCUCUCUGUUGUUUAAACUUUGUUUCCCAUUCUAAUAAAUAUACAGUGUUUGGCUUGCUGCUUGCAUUUGCCAAUGCUGUGAAAAUUAAUUUCUUCUCAUAGAAGAAAAUUGUGACUGUUCGUAUGAGUACCAUAUCGUAAAAUAAA